UCCUGCCAAUCAUCGUGACGAACAGCUCGCUGAGGCGAACAGAGGCGCAAACUCGGGGGAGAAAGGAGGCUGGGACUGAGUGGGUGGGGCCAGGAGGCUUCGAUUGCUUCGCAGCGGGCCAGCGGACGGUCUUCCUCAGCUUGUGGCCAGCGGAAGAAGCAGCAGCAGCAGGAGCAGGCGCCAUGGGUUCCUUCCUGAGCACGUUGGGAAAUGUAGCACUGUCUCCAAUAUAUUUUGUGAUCAACGUGAUCAUGAGACUCUUCUCCAAGCCCAGUCCUGCUAUUACCCUAGAGAAUCCAGACGUGAAAUAUGCAUUAAGGCUAAUUGACAAAGAGAAUAUCAGCCAUGACACCAGAAAAUUUCGCUUUGCCCUGCCAACUCCAGAACACAUUUUAGGCCUUCCUGUUGGACAGCACAUUUACCUUUCUACAAGGAUUGAUGGCAAUCUGGUGAUCAGACCUUACACACCUGUGACCAGCGAUGAUGAUAAAGGCUAUGUGGAUCUUGUGGUGAAGAUAUAUUUCAAAGGAGUCCACCCAAAAUUCCCUGAAGGAGGAAAAAUGUCACAGUACUUAGAGAGUCUAAAGACAGGGGACACUAUUGAUUUCCGUGGGCCCAGUGGAUUGCUUGUCUAUAAGGGGAAAGGUGUGUUUGCCAUUCGGCCAGACAAGAAGUCUGAACCAGUUCUUAAAAGAGUGAAGUAUGUUGGGAUGAUAGCAGGUGGAACAGGAAUUACUCCAAUGUUGCAGCUGAUUCGAGCUAUUGUGAAGGACAAAGAUGAUCCCACUAUUUGCCAUUUACUUUUUGCUAACCAGACUGAGGAAGAUAUCCUUCUGCGCCCAGAACUUGAGGAAGUGCAGACUCAGCAUUCAGCCCACUUUAAACUGUGGUAUACGUUGGACAGGGCACCUGAAAAUUGGAAUUACAGUCAAGGAUUUGUGAAUCAAGACAUGCUCAAGGAUCACAUGCCACCACCCCAAGAUGACACUCUCAUUCUGAUGUGUGGUCCUCCUCCAAUGAUCCAGUAUGCUUGCAUUCCCAACCUUGAUAAACUGGGAUAUUCCAAGGAGAUGAGGUUUGCCUACUAAACUGGAUUGGAAACAGGACGACGUGGGAUAUUUAUGCAGGGGAAAAUAAUGGAAACACAACAGGGAACAAGAUGAAAGACAGAAGAAGUGACAGAUAUGCAGAAGGCUGUACAGGUUUGGUAUCUUUGUCUCAGCACCAUACUGCAAAUUCUGUAGGCAUAUAACUGUUGUACACUAUAUUUUUAGCUUUGCUGUGCUAUUAAACCUGUAAUAAGGCCACUCAAUUAUGUUUAAUUCUUUUAAACAAACCAGGCAUCACCAAAGAGUUUCUCACCUACAGAUGUGUUUGUGAUAUGGAAUAUCGAGCAGGUUUAGGUGGGAAAAGUGUUUAGAUUUUGCUGUCUCUGCGGCAGAGCUUUAAAAUGAGAUAAUUAAAGAUUGCUAUAUUGAAUGCACACUAUUCAUUAAUUAAAAUUUUAUUAUUGCCUUUGU